UAUGUUAUAUGAUUUUAGAUAUUUAAUUAACUAAUUAAUUACUAUAAAAUAUUAAUCUUAAUGUCACUAUCAUUUUUGUUUUCUAUAAAAACAUAAUAUAAACUUACUACGUGAUAAAAAAUUGAAAAAACUACGUUAUCUAACUUCGUAUAUAAACGAGUGUUGCACAAACUAUCACAAUUAGUCAGAGCAAAACGAUCGAUGAACAUGUACGAGAUAGUCAAUUUAGAAAGUCUAAUUGAAGAGUAUCUCGGCCCGGACCGGGAAUUCUUAGAAUAUGUAUCAACAAACUUAAACGAACCGGGUGAAAACUACGGCAGCCUGAUGCUAAAAGUGGAAAUCAAAGUAAGGAACAAAACCACCAACGAAGAGGAAACGAUAUCUGCCGUUGCCAAGACCCCACCAACCGAUGAAAUUAUACAACAAAUAUUCAACACUAAAGUGACGUUCAAAAACGAAAUCGCCUUCUAUAAAACGGUGAUUCCAACCCUCCAAAACUUAAGAAAAGUGCACAACAUCGAACCGGCAACAUAUUUCCCAGAAUUCGUGGGUGCCCGUUUAAAUUUAAACGGCACCGAACAAGUGGAUUCGGACGCGGUGCUGCUGUUGGAGAACCUGACCAUCAAAGGAUUCACCAGCCUCAGCAGACACGAAGGAUACUCUUUGCAGGCGGCCAAAUUGGUUUUGAAAGAUUUGGCCGAUUUUCACGGGAACGCCAUCGCUCUUCGUUCACAAAAACCGCAGGAGUUUAAAAAUAAAAUAGAGCCGUAUUUGGAUGGCGUGUUUUUCGAAGGUCAACACUCCGAUGAAAAUUUAAUAAACCAAACUCUGGAACAAGCCGUCGUAUUGAUGAAAGAAAAAGGUUUGGUCCAUCUUAUACCUAAAGUUACCGAAAUAUUGAGUAGUAAAGUUUUACGUACUGUAAGGGGGCCGUUCACCACAAUUAGUCACACCGAUUUGUGGAUUAAUAACACCAUGUUAAGACAACAUGAUGGUGUACCAGUUGAGAUAAAAUUAGUCGACUUUCAAGUGUGCAGGUAUCAAACUCCAGCCGACGAUCUUUUGUUUUUCCUAUUUACUAGUGUACAAGAUGAUGUUUUGGAUAAAAAUUUGGAUAUUUUGAUUCGGUAUUACUAUGACCAAUUACUUGUGACUUUAAAAAAAUUCAAUUGUGAACUAGAUGUAUUCAGUUGGGAAGCUUUUGAGGAAGAACUGUUAUACAGUAAGGACUUGCAGUUCUGGCAUUGCGCUUGGAUGUAUUAUCCGAUAUUUAUGGAUAAAGGAGCGACACUAGAAUUAGAAGAACACAAAUUUGAAAUGAGUGCAAGACACAAGGAGAAGCUUUAUUUUUUAAUAAAACAAUUUGAGAAGAAAGGCUGGCUAAUAUAAUAAUAAAAAAUAUGUAAAUACUAGAUA